AUGCAGUGCGGAACAAUUCUCCGGCGCCAAUGCUCUCUGCCGACUGUGAGACGAGAACCCACCCAACCAUCGACGUGUCUCAACCUACUCGUCGCCACAGAGUUUCUCUUUGAGUCCGAGGAGCCCCACACACAUUUCUCUGUUCUCAAUCAACCAACUACUUGGCGAUUUGGAGGAGUCGAUCUUUUGUCAAAGUUUACGGAGUUCAGAAGUCUAAACCAAGGGCCGUUCGCUCUGGCUCGGGACGGGAUUGCUGAUCUCUCAUUGGGCUCGACGUUUCUAAGGUUCCUGUCGCCAACUGAAGUAAAGCUCGCGACGGAAACCAUUUUCCCUUGCAGCACGGCCGACACGAUUCCAAAGGAUGUAAAUGAACGCGGAGGCUUUGGCGAUUUUACUUGGUCAUUCAUCCGGGGAGCUCUGACCUUGGUCAGGAUCGAAUCUCGGCAUUUCGAAAGCCCGGUGACAGGAAUCAAGGACCGAAAAAACUUUGGCCGAGAUCCUCUUGUGGACGCCGAAGAGCAAGCGCAUAUGGCAGAUGGAGUUGCUUUCGUUAGGACACAUCAACUUUAUCUGGCCGAGGCAACACUUGUUUAUGACGGGAAAGCCGAGAAGAGGUGCAAGGAUGUGUUCAAACUGACGCGUGAUAUGAGGGACUCUUGGAUCGCACAGGUGAGGUCUAUUAGUCGUGAUGCCAUACCUCCUCGAGGGUUGACUGUCUUUGGCUCGACAUCGUUUGAAGACCAGAACAAGUUUUACGCUAUGGAUUUCUCAGGCACUUUUUGA